ACGUAAGCCUGGAAAAAUAAUUAUGAAAGCAUGAUAGCUCGAGUCCGACCUUUGUUUGUGUGACGACGUAAAGUGAGCUGAGACUGCUUUGAUCCAGGCCUGGGCCCAAAUAUUCAACAUCAAUGGUAGAUAUGUAUUGAUAAAGAGGAUCCUGAAACGUCAUAAUAGGUAACAUAGCAAGUAGAUCCCUCCUCGCUGUUCAGCGGGGUCAUCAUCGAUUUUCAGAUAGCCGCAGCUUCAGCAAGUCUCCUCACAAGAUGGCUCGAAUCGACAAACUGAACUUUGACAACCGUGUGUUGAGGACUUUGCCGAUUGAUCCAGAAACUGAGAAUUAUGCUCGUCAGGUGCCUGGAGCCUGCUUUUCUCGUGUGAAACCAACCCCUGUGGCCAACCCCAAGACAGUAGCAUACUCUGUUCCUGCAAUGAAGCUACUGGACUUGUCAGAAGAGGAGCUGAAGAGGGAGGACUUCCCUGCAUAUUUCUCAGGAAGCAAGCCCCUACCAGGAAGUGAUCCUGCAGCACACUGCUACUGUGGUCAUCAGUUUGGGAACUUUGCUGGCCAGCUAGGAGAUGGUGCUGCCAUAUCUUUAGGAGAGGUUGUAAACCAAGCUGGUGAGAGAUGGGAGAUCCAGUUCAAAGGUUCCGGUCUGACCCCGUACUCUCGGACUGCUGAUGGUAGGAAGGUCCUGAGGUCAACCAUCCGAGAGUUCCUCUGUAGUGAAGCCAUGCAUCAUCUGGGUGUACCAACAACAAGAGCUGGGAGCUGUGUGACCUCUGACACUAAGGUCGUGCGGGAUAUUUUCUAUAGCGGUAACCCUAUCCAGGAGAGGGUAACCAUUGUACUCCGCAUUGCACCAACAUUUCUAAGGUUUGGUUCCUUUGAAAUCUUCAAGCCUGCUGAUGGGACGACCGGCAGGAAGGGUCCUAGUGUGGGACGAAAGGAUAUCUUGGAAAAGAUGCUUGAUUAUUCCAUUCAGUCAUUCUAUCCAAAGAUCUAUGAGGAUCAUUGUGAGGACCUGGUCCAGAGGAAUCUAGCUUUCUAUCGAGAGGUGGUCAAAUCAACAGCUAAGAUGGUCGCUGAAUGGCAAUGUGUUGGAUUUUGUCACGGGGUGCUGAAUACAGACAACAUGAGUAUCUUGGGUAUCACUAUUGACUAUGGUCCUUAUGGUUUCUUAGAUGGCUAUGAUCCUGAUCACAUAUGCAAUACAACUGAUGAUAGGGGGCGCUACACGUUUACCCGUCAGGCUGAGAUGUGUCGAUGGAACUUGGGCAAGUUUGCGGAAGCCCUAUCAAUGUGCCUCCCAGAAGAGCAGUCCAAAGCAGAGUUAGAGCUCUUUGAUGAGACGUUUGAAGAGCAUUACAUUACAAAGAUGAGGAAGAAGCUAGGUUUGCUUCAGAACAAUCUUCCAGAAGACAGGGCCCUCAUAGACUCAUUACACAAGGCCAUGCAGGCAACCAGAGCAGAUUUCACCAAUGUCUUCCGUUCACUGAGUACACUCCCUCUGCCUGGCUCACCAGGCUUUGAAGAAGAGUGUAGCAAGUUACAGGAGUACCUGCUCUCACAAUGCUGUAGUGUGGAAGAACUCAGGAAAGCUAAUUCACCUCGUAUUAAUCCUAGUCAACUGCAGAUGCUGAUGAUGAUUACGCAGAGCAAUCCAUCCUUACUGGAGCAACUAUUUGGUGACAGUGCAACCCUCAUGAAAGAGAUGGCCAAGUUAGAAAAGGCCAAAGAACUUAUUAGCAUGACAGCAGAGCAGAAGAGAAGUGAUGAUUCAGUCAUCUGGUCUAAGUGGUUAGAGGAAUAUAAGACCAGGCUUAUGAAGGAGACAGAGGACACAGAAACAAGUCUGGAGGAACUCAAUCAAAGGAGAGUUGAAGUCAUGAAUGCUACCAACCCUAAGUUCAUCUUACGUAACUACAUAGCAGAGAACGCUAUCAAGGAAGCUGAGAAUGGAGACUUCUCAGAGGUACACAGAGUGUUAAAGCUAUUGGAGUCUCCCUUCAGUGAUGAUGUAUCAUUACCAUUCAUAGAACAUACAUCAGAGCUUGCUGGAGAUGAAGAUGCAGGAGCAAGCAAGCCAGUAGAGCCGACCAUCUCACCAUCCAAUACUUCCACAGUAAACAGUUGUACUGGUGUUGCCUAUAAUAGCAGGCCUCCUGAAUGGGCUAUGGAGCUUAGGGUCAGCUGAUCUUCGUAGUUUCCUCCAGGUUAAUUUCACUAAGUCACAGCUCGUAAGUUUCAUGUUUGUAUCCCUGAGCUCUCUCUGGGUGGUUGUGAAACAUGUUUAGUGCAAUUCAUCUAGUGGCACUUUUUUACAAUUAUCCCUGUUUGAUAAAGGUGUAUUGACAUUCUUGUAUACGUUUUCAUACAUUGUCUAGUAAUUGUUUGAUUAAUUUAUGCUUUCUGUCAUAUUUCCAUGAUUGUAAAUUAGAUAAUUAGAUUAAAAUCAAGUCCUCUCUAUAAAUAUAAAAGAGCAUAUUGUUAAGUAUAAUCUCAUGAGCUGUGACUUAACCUGGAGGAUAUUUUGAGAAUGUUGCAAGGGUAUGGCGAGUCUAAAGUAUUAUACAUAGUACUUAACUUGUAUUUAUGAAGAAUUGCAUUUAAAACUCAUUUUUGAGAAAAUGCAGAUCUGAUGUUCAUACCUUUGUGACAUCUAUUUAAUUAAUCAGAAAUAAUUAUAAAGGGACAUUCUGUAACCUUUUUUGAGUAAUCAUGUAUUCUAUAAAAUCAGAGUCCCACUUUAGAGGAUGAUACUGGUGUCUCUAUCCUAAAACGUUGUAUUAAAGCUCCAACAAUUUAAUAUCAGUCUUAACUACGUAAAUCUGAUCUCAGUUGCAUCUAAAUACAUGUUCUUGUAAAAUCUGGUAAUGAUGCAACUUCAGGUGAAGCAUCUUUUCCCACCUAUUCUGUAUCCAAUUUGCAUGCUCAAAAUGUAUUGAGUGAUUGUAGUGCCAGUCACGAGAUGUAACAGUACUUCUCAUAAUUUCGAAGCUGUGUAUUCACAUUGGAAACUUUGCAAUAAACAAAUUUUCUCUUUUCUACUUAAAGGUAUUACAAAGUUUUGGUAUGGGGUCUUGAAUUUGGUUCAAAUUAACAUAUUGGAAGCAUUUGUCGCAGUUGAAAUCGAGUCUAAAGUUAUGAAAUUAUAAAUUAUAAACUAUUUAUGUUGUAUAGCUCCCUCUCAAGGUCAAGAUAUUAAUUUAGCUAUGAAACAAUGUUUCUUGACUAAAAUGGACCGAUUAGC